AUGGCGCGCCGGCCCGGCGACUCGGCCAAGUGGAUGUCGCUGACGCAGAUCCGGUUCAUGAUCCAGGCAUAUGAGCGGCUGCGGGACCAAAUCUCGGAGGGGAACCAAUGUGAUCCGUCGCAGGCCACGGCGUUGCAGGACAUGUUUGACAUGUGGCUGCGGGCGCUGGCUGGAUGGAAGGGGCUGUGGUUUUGCCAGCCACGAACUAUUGAGUAG